AUGAGCCAGAUUCAGUCAGCCAUCACUGACUUCGCAGGAAGAUCUCUGCUUGACAAGGUGGUGCCACCAGGCAUGUCACCACUAGAUGUUCCGUCUCAGGAGCUGAUCCAAACGUUUCAAGACGCUGUUUCAAACGAGCAUGCCAAGUGGAAGCUAGAAGUAGAAGCUCGAGUGAACCACAAGAUGGACUCGUUCGUGCAGAACAUCUCGCAGAAGCUGGGAUCGGUGAGCAGCGUUGGAGUUUACUCGCUUCCACUCACGGCGGAAGUGAAUUUUCAGAUUCUUGUAGUGGAGGAUGAAGACUCUGAGUCCACGUUACCAUCGGCACAAGCGCUUGUUAGCUCAGAACUGUCAUCAGACAUCAACGUCAUUAGACAGCAAAGAGGGGCGUUUGCAACCAGAAGGCAGAUCACGCAACUGCAAGAGGAGGUCAUCGAGAUUGAGCAGAAGCUGCAGAGAUUGAAUCAGCGGGUGACAGAUACCAGCGAGACACUCCCUGCUCUUGUCCACGAUGAGAUUCACAAGCAGCUAGAGGAUUUGUCGGACCGAUUUGCUUUUGUUGUGAGAUACCAUGACAACCUGUACAAAGAGAAGCUGUCAAGGGUAAGAGAUGCUGCUGCUCAGAUCAUCUCAGAUCAGAUCGCUACCAUCGAGAGCCAGUACGAGACGCGGAUGGCGAGUGCGUUGCAGUCGUUACAGAGUGACUUUGAUGGUUACAAGAGCGAGGUAGAGGCGGUCAAGAUCAGGCAUCGAACGGAGUUGGACAUGCGGGAUGUUCAAAUCAGCAGGUUGCAAGCAAUGAUCAACCAAGUCGUGGCGUGCGGGAUCGACGUUUACUCCGACGUCCCGCUGAAUGUGCAGAUGUCAAGGAUGAGCCUGCAGAGGACGAGGUCGAACUCGCUCAGCUCUGGGAGGCGGAAGAGUAUGAGCAGAUGGAGCAGGCAGAACGGAAGCGCACAGGAUUUGAGUCUUCAGGGAGGUGAAGUCAGGACGCCGUCGGACACGCCCAAGUCGACGAGGACGAGCAACGACCAGCUGGAGCCCAGCAGCCUUCACAGGUUGGAGGAGGAAGAGGAGAAGCUUGUCGUGGCCCAGCAGCCGCUUCCUCCAGCUACAACCCAGCAGCCUGUCAGGGUUGAGAGCGCAGGAAGAGUCAUCUUCAAGCACGAGAGGGAGGUCUUACCCGAGCCCGAGGACGGUGGGAGCGGGUCGGAGGUGGGUAGGGAGUUGGAGGACAUGGAGGAUGAAGCAUGGCUUGCUCGAUCGUCGCAGCUCUCGAUGCAGCUGGUGGGGUCGAGGUGCGACUGCAGGAAGAAAGUCUACAACGACAGUCUUAAGUCUCAGCUGGAGCCCUGGCGGAGGCCUGCUGGGGUCGUAAUCACUUGGCAUCCGACGCUGGCAGAUGGCCCGGCAGGGACUAGAAGCCCCGAGGAGAUGCAGGAGGCGCUGGGAACGAUGCUGGGAAAGGAACUUGUAGCAUGUGGUGGAGAUGGUGAAGACGACCCGAUGGCAGAUGGCAAAGUUCUUGACGCAGUUGUUGUUUUGUUCUUGCUCAGCGAUUCGUAUGCCAAGGACAGGCGAUGUUUGCGACAUUUUCGGCUCCUUGUAGAGAGAGAAAGUCUCGUCGUCAUUCCGGUGGUGAUUGCAAAGGAUGUGGAUGAAAACAAUUCAAUGAUGAGCGAAGAGACUGAGAUGGGAAGUAUGCUCAAGGGAUUAAAGAUUGAAGAUGUGACGGGAAAGGAAUCGUGGGGUGUGAGGAGUCAGAGUUUGAUCAAAAUUCCGGAAAGCAUGCUUGCAGGAGGCAAACUUAGCGAUCCUGUUCGCAUUGCGGCGAUACUGGAAGAGAGUCCGUGGAUCAGCGAGUUUGAGACGAAGAAGUGCUGUCUUGCCUCGCAUGCACAGAACAAGAAUGUCCAUGUUGACAAGUUUCACAAUAUCUUGCAGGCCAUGUCGCACAGCCAAGUGAUUCUGAUUUUCAUGAGCGACGAAUACUGUUCUUCCUCAGUGUGCUCAAUGGAGUUUGAGAUCGCAACCAAGAUAGUUUGUAAACCCAUCGUCAUAUGCAUGUUAUCUUCUCCGAACAGCUCUUGGAAGUUCACAAGGAUAGGGAAGAACGCGUUGACUUACGACAAUCGUGUAAGGUUUGAAGAUAUCAGGGAGGAAACAGAUUUACGGAUGCUGAUCGAAAAGAUGAAACACAAUAUCACAACAGUGAGGUUGAAGGUUGAAGACGACUUCAAGAUGGAAGAACAUGAAGAGAUGUUGAGUGCAAUGUUCAGGAUGAUCAACAUUGGAGGGAAGCAUUCUCUAUCGCAAUCAUUGGUAAAAGACGAUCUGCUCACUGCCGGGAUGCAAUUUCAGCUAGUUGAGUUGCUGAUGAUCGAGAUAUGCAAUCAAGAUGGAAAUGUCUCUCUCGCAAGCUUCUUACAAGGUUGUGCAAACUUGAUGAAAGUGGACAAGCGGAACAGAACGUUGUUCAGACACGCCUAUGAAACUUUGCGACGUCAGCACGAGCAGAAGAGUGCAGCUGCUGCAAAGUUGCAAUCAUCAUCGAGAAUGGUUACGAGAAGAGAGAACUACAAGAACACUCUGCAAGACAUGAUGACGUUCGAGCAAGAAAUCAAGAAGAUGAAUGCUGCCCUUGCGCUCUCAACUGAGCAGGCGAACGCGAUCAGGUAUGAUUUCUUCCGUCAAGGGCUGGUCCAUGGCGAGAAGAAGUCACAGGAGGCAGCAGAAAGAAAGUUGGUCAUGUUCAAACUUGCUUUCCGUGAAGGCGCAAAGUUUGCAAUGGAAGUUAUGGAAAAGAACAAGAACAACAGGAAGAUUGCUGUUGAAGACAUCAAGAAAAAGAUAAAAGAAAUGGAUAGCUCCAAGAAUUCUCUCAACGAACAACACAUAACAGGUUUCAUACAAGGCGCGUCACUGUUUGUUGACGACCCAAACCUCUUUGUUACUCCUUCCACUGCUGACAAGGAUGUACAAGUGAACGAAGUUGACACGUUGAGCUCCGAUUCCGAUGAGACAGACUCGGAGGAAUAUCAAGUCAACAACAACAACAUCAAUCAUCAUCAACAUCACCACCAUCACCAUCAUGUUUGCGAGAAGUGCAUGUUGAGGGAAGAAAUUCGAAGAACUAUGACGUCGACGUCGACACAAACUCAAAGAGCAAACAUUUUCAUCGAUGAGAAGGAAGAUCUUGACAGGAUAUGGAGGAAAGAACAGCCCUCUAGCUUCUCUCUCUCAUCGCACAAGCUCCACGUGGAGAAAACUCUCAACGAGUUUGUUAUGAUGGAGGACAAAAAUGAAACCACAAAGGACGACAACAAAGAAACAUCACCGGGGAGUGUUGAGAUGAACAGAGAAGAUCUCAAACAGCAUCUCAUGAAACAAGACAUCAUCUCUGACAUCGAUCGCAUCUUCUCAUCCACCGGCAACGUUGUAGACGCGAGCGCGUCAGGAAGCAUCAAGGCCAGGAGGGAGCACGAGCAGGAAGAAAUCCCCUUCCUCUUCGAUGAAGUCAUCAAGGUGGUUCCGAGCUUGAACGAAGGCUGUCUCGUCCUAUUUCUGCUUCAGUCACUCCCAAGUGGUCGAGGAUGA